CUCCAGCUGGCUUUCAAAUUAGGUCAAGUUAACGUGUCUUGACACGACUCCUACUUCGACUUGUCAAAGCUUCACAAGUUUCCAGUUGGGCAUUCAGGAAUCCAAGCACUGUGAAGUUUGGUUUUAUAUGCAACCAGGUUUUGUUUAGCCCCUCUAACAGAAGCAGAACUAUGAAUGUUUUUUAAGAUUUCGCAAACUGGUCCAGAAGUGGAAAAGCAGCUGAUGACUCACCUCCUCAGGCAAUAAGGAGGAGCCACAGAUUCAGAAGAGAGCAAAAACUCAGAGGGGACGCUGCUCAUUUGACCUGAACUACUGCGAGAAAGGCUUCCAGCACAGAUCCUGUCGCACAGAGCAGGACAGACACUUUUUAAAACACAAUUUUUUACACACACCAGGACUGAAACCAGAGCGCUGAAGCAUAACAAAGGCAAAGAAGAAACUUGUUCAAUAGGAUUUGUCUGUUGUUUGGAGGGUUUUGAUCUACCAGCUGAUCUCAACAUUUAUGGAACAAUUUGUUCUUCAGUUUUAGGGAAUAACAGUUCUUAUAAUUCUGCUACCUUUUCAUUUGCAGACCUAAUGAUGUCGAUGUCGCAUCCAACUACCAACAUCACUGACUGUCGGGCUCAUAACCCGGUUCUGUAUAAGUUCUACGCAGCUGUGAUGAUUGUGAUUUUUAUCUUGGCUUUGCCUCUGAAUGCAUCAGUCCUCCACCUCUUCAUAUUCAAGCUCAAGUUCUGGAAAUCCAACAGCAACAUCAUUUUUCUCUUCAACCUGGUGCUGGCUGACAUUCUGCUGCUUAUCUGUUUACCAAUCAAGAUUCAUAACUUCAUUAAUGAACAAAGGAGGAGCGAGGAUAAGUUAAUCUGCAAAGCGAUGCUGUUUAUGUUGUUUUUAAAUCGUGGCGCCAGCAUCGCAUUCCUAACGGUGACCUCUAUCGAUCGAUAUUAUAACGUGGUGCAUCCAGGCAGAAAAAACCUCCUGAAGGCUCUGAAGAAAUCUCCCUACAUCUCGAUAUUCAUCUGGGUGUUGCUUCUGCCUCUCACCAUUCCCACCAUGAUGAGGAACUUUGACUGCUGCAACAGCCUCGACAACGAUAACACGACUAACACGGACAAUAAGACGUCUUGGGAGGCGAAAACUGAGAACAUAGUCAGAGAGGCAGUUUUCUUCACCCAGAUCCUCAUUCCCUUCAUCAUCCUGGUCUACUGCACCGUUCGCAUCGUCAAUCGACUGAAGAAGAAAACCGUUGGGGAUAAGACGAAGCUAAGGAGAGCGGUCCUCCUCGUGACCGCCGUCAUGGUGGUUUUCUCCUUCUGUUUCCUGCCGUGCACCAUCGCCAGGAUGGUGCUGCUGUUCUUUAGGGUCAAAGGCCAUGCGUAUUAUAAGGAAUAUCACGAGCUUAAGGCAGAAGCAGUAUUUGACGGCCUCAUGGUCCUCUCCUACCUGGACUGUCUGCUGGAUCCGGUGGUUUACUGCUUCUGUAGCACCAAGUUUAAAGCACUUUAUGUCUCCAAUUACUUAUCUUUUUGCUUUAAAGAAACCCCGGAGCAAAUCAGCAGCUCAACGGGAAACACAACACAACCAGAGCGCAACAAAGUCAUUUAAAGAAGUGACUUCAAGUUCUGCUGGGUGUUUAUGAGCCGAUAGCUGCUGUGCAGCAACCAGACUGACUGUGCCUCGGAUAUGAGGCCCAAAGGAGGCUUUAUGUUAAAUCAUGCUUUGAAAACCAAAAACAUGAGGAAUAUUUAAAUUCAUUUUGUAUCCUAGAUGUAAAAAGAAGUGCCAAUGUGGUUGUAACUCUAGAUUUAAAGCUUCUACUAAUGUUGACUUAAGAAGUUCAGUAAGAUUUUUUAUUGUUUUUAUAUUGUCAGUACUUUUUCAAGAGAUUUGCGAGUAAAGUAUGCACAUCUGUUUUUAUUUUCUUCUUGGACUGUGAGAUGAGUUGCAAAACUCUUUCCCGCUGUCAGAUAAAGUGUUGAGAGAAUAUUUUUAUCCUGAAAAUCUAAAGGCAAGGGUGCUUUGAGUAGCAACCAUACUUAUGCAAUGUGGCUGUAGUGACUGUUUUAGUUGCUAAAGAAAAGAAUUUUGUCAUCAAAGUUAAGUUUGUUAUCUACCUCUCUUUCUGACAUUUACAUUCAUUUAUAUGAGAUUUGAAGGUUACUUUGUGAUUUUGCUGGGAUCUGCUUCACUGUUUUAUUUUUGCAGAUUUCAACAUAAGCACAAAACAUGACUAAACUUUCCUGAAUUACAGCAGAAGUAAUGACUCUUCCUUCUUACCUAGACAGGUCACGUAUCCCCUGUGACUGAGUAAGCCCACCUGAAUAAACCAUCAUUUGAAUGAUAUCAUUUUUAGUAAUACAGGUGAGAAAUGAUGAGUAAGUUGCUUUGUGUCUGUUUAAAAAUAGACUAAAACUCCUAUAGAUAAUCUGUAAUCUGCUGUGUCUGGCGCUGAUAUCCAUGAGUCACAGCCUUUAUGGAAUAUUCCUCAACUUUCUUCCCAGGAUAAACUUUCAACCUCAGGGUCGAAACAUGAAUCAACCGGCAACAGUUUUAAUCCCUUAAGGUCACACCUGCACUCUUAGACUGGGGAACCAUAAAAAGAGUAAAUAUUGGCAAAGAGUCAGAUAGUUUCUCCUAAUCAACAGUUUGCUGGUAUGUGAUACUAUCCCAAGGUCUAUAAGCACAUAAAAUGUCAACACCAUGGAGGCGUGUCUUGUUUACUUCCUCACCUGCCCCAUUUCAUCCGGAUGAUAAAUGGGGCUUUAACUGCAUGCUGGGAUUAACUAGAGAAUCAGUUAAUCACACUUUUCACCUUUGUACUGUGCUUGCUAAAAUAUAUCUACCUAAUAAUAAUUACACUCAAACAGGCACUUUUAUACCUUAAACCUGAUUUUAAUGUAGGGCAGAUUUCUAGUGAUUGGUGUAAUGUUACUUUGAUAGCAUCCAGGGUCGGAAAUUGGGCAAGAUCUGGGCUUUAUUAUUAUUGUGGAGGUGAUAGAUUGCAUGUACGAAUUCCCCAUAAAGCUGUAGGAGUGUGUGCUAUGAUGCGUCUUGCAGCCCCACUCAAGGUUGUAGGACAAAGACUUAACCCUGUAAGUCCAGGACAGGUGCCCAGCUCACUUACACAUAGGAGCAGGUGACAGGUGCUUCGUAAACGUUCUGUUAAUACAUUUGACUUAACAUCUAUCUCUCCCACUUAUAUUGAUGCGAUAGGUGUGCUGAGAGGUGUUUCGGAUCAAUACAAAUUAUCUGAUGAAAUUGCAGCAGGUUUUGAGAAUCUACCUGUCAUAUCAGCAUUAUUUCCUGUGAUGCCAAAUAAAAAUGUAGAUAUGAUUAAUUAUGUCCAUUAUAAUGUUUUAAGGUUAACCAACCUGACUAGGGACGCUGUUGAAGGCUUGAAGGACCAGUUGGCCCCCACUUCUUUAACGACGAUCAAAAAUAGGAUGGCACUGGACAAGCUUCUAGCUAAAAAUGGAGGAGUAUUCUAUACGUUUUCUGAGGUUUGCUACAUACUGUGUUUAUUCCAAAUAAUACAGCCCCUGAUGGCUCUGUGACUAAAGCUUUAGAAGAUUUGAAGAUUUUGAGUAAAACUAUGCAUGAGAACUCAGAUAUAGAGCUUUGGAACCUACAUCACUGCGUAUGACGUUUAUGUCUCACGCGGUCGCUCGGCGCCAUCUUUCCAGCCCACAGACCAAAACAAACAAUCAAAACCACAAUAGUCAACUAAAAUCACAAUAAGAAACUUAAUCAGUCAUAGCUAAAUGUUCUGUACCAUAUCAGCCUCAGGAGAAGAAUGAGGAUGAAGAUUCGCUGAUUUCUGGUUCUAACGGGUUUGCAGUUCCUCUCCUGACCCAUUCUGUCUAUCAUACAGCAGCACACUGCGCCGCGACGGACACGUUUUAUUUGUCGAUUGAUGUACACAGUAUCCAUCCUAACUGAAAUUGUUCAGCUUAUAAUGCACGUCUUUUCACUCGUGUCUGUAUUUUUGAAAGCGCUUUUGCUUCUAAGGACAUGGAAUCGGGUAGAGGACGUUUUAGAAAGACCCGGGUUGAUAGCAGCUCACCACGGCUGCGUAGCGCGUAGGGCUAGAAAGGCCACUGAGUUCAGGCCAGUAAAUCAGGAAAAUCUUGUUUCAAAGAGCAAGACUGAAGGAACUCUGCUCUCGCAUCGUUUAGUAAAGGAACAGCUGCUCCCUUAUAUUUUAACAGGUGGCGAGGAAGCUUACAACUUCAAAAGAAAGUUCAGGAUGGCUUCCAGUUGGAUAAGCAGAGCUCCUCCUUAAUGCAUAUAUUAAAGAGAAAAACACGCCUUUUCUAUAAAAGUUUAUACACAAGAGUAACGACUCAAAGUGCUGUUUGCAUCUGCAUGAGCCAUCUCCAAAGACGUCUUUGCCUUUUCUUAUUUUUUGUAUUUUUCCAUCUUUUACUAUUUUUUGUCCACUUCCCUCAGGUAAUUGAUGUUUUGUUUGUGCUUUGAGUUUGAUGUUUUGCGAUGUGCUGCUGUGGUGAUUGUAUGCAUCUGUUUGAAUAAAUUCUGGUUAUGUAUGGCAGUGAUACCUCUGUGUGGUCUCGGUUUUGUGCACAGCAUUAUUGAAUCCGGGCAGAAGACAGAAUAUAACGAGUCAAAAGAUUUAAUAAUUUUUAUUCUCCUAACAAAGAGCAGCCCAAAGCACAGAUGGGCCAUGACUUCCAGACCAGCAAAAAUAUAUUGAUACUGUUGACCAAUGUACAAGAUAAAUAUUUAUCAACAAAAUUGCUGCUGCCGGGAUCUAUGAGACAGAUAAUGGACUAUGUGAAUAAGCUGUCUUCAACGUUGUUUGUGAACUCGUUCUUUCAGUUUGCUAUUGUAAUGCUAAUUAAGGCUAGGCGCCUGACUACGGCCAAAUGAUAAUAGGCAGUCAGAAAGGUUCAGCUGUGGAGCCUGUGUGUGAAUAAAACACCAUCAGACAGGAAGUAAGUUCAAGUUAUUGUAUUCAAGCUUACAUUUUUGCAUAUAUUUAGGAAGGUAUUCAAUAUUACUAUUAUUUAUAGUAAUAGUGAUUUUCUAUGAGUAUAACCAAAAGACACAACAAGAAAAAAAAAACAAAAACAAAACAAUGAACCCUGAUGACACCCAAGAGUUUUUUCCUAUUUUAAGUCUGUUCUUGAAUCCAGGGUGAUUAAUGGUCCAUCAAUCAAUAAUCUGACUGGUUUUAGUCCAUGAUCCAGGGCAAUAUGUCCAGAAUGAAUAAAGUAGUUUGGUUCAAUUAAGUCCUACCGCAAAGCUGCGGUGAUCCGGUAGCUCGCCAUCCUGGGUUGAAACAGGGGGUGGAAAAAAAGACCUGACCUAAACAAGGUCAUAAAUAAAAAUAAAAACAAAUUAGCAUUCACAUUUAAACAGGGUUAAACUGUUAUCCAAAAUAGCUAAACAUUCAAAAAUUAAAAAAAAUUAUAGCUAUAUUCCAUAGAGUAUUUCUCAGGAAUCAUUCAAAUGAAUUUCAAGUUAAAGAUCACAUUAAUGUAACAGAUCCAAAUAAAGUUACAGAUCAAGGUUACAGGUCAAAUUAAAGUUAAUUUCAAGUUAUAUCUAAGUUUGACAGUCAAUUAAACUUAAUUGACUUCAGUACUGUUUCAAUAAACAAUUGUUUUUCUUUUUUUGUUUUGUUUUGUUGCGCAACUCCAAAGAAAUUAACCAAUUCCAGAAUUCUAUAGGCCGUCAACAAAAUCAAUGAAAAGUAGCUAAAGUGAUAACAUUAACCGGUUCACACAGACCAGCUUUAACAUCUUCAGUUAGAUAAUCACUUUUCACAUGGUUUCCUGUCCUUUGUAAGAGCAGUUUUCUUUUAGGUUACUUAUCUAUUGCGUGCAUCUUUUGAACUGCUUCCCUUUGUCACUGUGGUAAAGUUUUCAUGCAACUCGUAAAAUGAUGAUUUCUUUUAUAAUUUGUUUUCUGGAAGUUUAAAUAUUUUCCAUCCACACAGGUAGAUAAUUGGCAUUACCCAUGACCAACUAUAACAUUUGUUGCCUCUGGCGUCUAGGGGGCGGUAUGGGGGGGAAAAGUGAUGACAGUUCUAGGGGCCUUGACCAACAGGGGGUCCUCCACAAUUUAAUUAUUUAUUUUUUGUUCAUAGAAAUAAAAAUAAAAA